AUGAGGGAAACUGAGUUCCGUUCGCGUACCGACGACGACGAACGAACGAACGACCGACCAAUCGACCAGUUACCGACCGACCGAUCGACCGGCCGGCCGGCCGGACGGCCUGGUGUAUGGCCGCCGCCAUCAUCGUUCGUUUAUUCACUGACGUUCGCCAGCGCAGACCAGCAGCAGCAGCAGCGCGUCGCCGCCGCCGCCGCCGCCGCUGCCGACCGUUCGGUUGGUUGA